AUGGCCACCACACUGUGCUCACAUCCACAUCACCUCCUCCUCGCUCCUCCUCCUCCUCCUCAUCACCAGCAGCCGUGCCUCAGAGGCGCGCCCCCUGCUGUCCGUCCUGGGAAAAAUGGCGUCUGGUCAGGGAGGGUGUGGGAGCUGUCACGGCCUGCAGAGCCAUCACUGCUCCAGCGGACCUCACUGGAGCCCGGGCAUCAACCAGUACCAGCACCAGUACCAGCACCAGCACACAGAGCAGCAGCACCACACGGCCCCAGCCUGGACCGGCUCUGGAGAUGCCGUGAGCUCGGGGCUGCUGAACCUGACGGGAGAAGCGAGGGAGUACCCGGGACUAGCUACGACCUGACGGAUACUACACAAGCAGAUCUGUCCAAGAACCGGCUCACAGAAAUCCCCCCUGAAGUUUGUCUGUUCGCCCCCCUCGAGUCGCUCAACCUCUACCACAACUGCAUCAAGUGCAUCCCAGAAGCCAUCAUCAACCUGCAGAUGCUGACUUAUCUGGACAUCAGCCGAAACCUGCUGUCUGUUCUGCCAAAAUACUUGUUCAGCCUCCCCCUCAAAGUUCUGCUCGUGAGCAACAACAAGCUGGUGUCCAUCCCCGAGGAGAUCGGCAAAGCCAAAGAGCUGAUGGAGCUGGACGUCAGCUGUAAUGAGAUCCAGGUGCUGCCAGCUCAGGUGGGGAGGCUUCAGGCCUUACGAGAGCUCAACGUCAGGAAGAACUGUCUCCACAUGCUGCCCGAGGAGUUGGCCGACCUGCCGCUCAUCAGACUGGACUUCUCCUGUAAUAAGAUCACAGAGAUCCCUGCAGCCUACAGGAAGCUCCGGCAGCUGCAGCACAUCGUCCUCGACAACAACCCUAUGCAGUCUCCGCCCGCUCAGAUCUGUCUGAAGGGCAAAGUGCACAUAUUUAAGUACCUGAACAUCCAGGCGUGUCGCAUGGACAAGAAGCCGGACACUCUGGACCUGCCCACGCUCGGGAAGCGCUGCCUCCCUCAGCCGCUCACAGACAGCAUGGAAGAUUUUUAUCCCAGUAAGAACCACGGGCCGGACUCUGGAAUCGGGAGCGACAACGGUGACAAGAGGCUGUCUACGACUGAGCCGUCGGACGACGACACCGUCAGCCUCCACUCUCAGAUCUCAGAGACGGCCCGAGCCGACGCCCUCUCGCUUCUCUGCAAAAUGGACUCUUGCAAAGAUCAGGAUCUCUAUGACUUUAUAGAGCCCAACCCGGACGACGAUCCUGCUCUGUCAGAGUGUGACGGGCAGCAGAGUGCACACGUCUCCUGUAUAAAGGAACUGGAGAAGGUUCUUAACAUGUCUCACCAAAGCAAAGACAAAGACGGCUGGAAAGAAGAGUCAGGUUCAGACAAAGAGCAGCUGGUUGAGGAAGAAGACGAUGAGCUGAAGGAGGUUCUGGAUCUGAGGAAGAUCGCCGUGCAGCUGCUGCAGCAGGAGCAACAGAACAGACGACGGUCCUUAAUUUGCAGAGCGGAGAGUCUCAUUCAUCGACGGAGAGUGACAGGCCGGGCCCACAGGUUCCUCAGUCAUUCUGGGAGCUCCAGCAGCAAACCGAGGCCCCCCCCCCAGACAGCUCGCAGUGCGUCUCUGGAUGAAGGCAGCAGUGGAGCGUCGGUGCUGAGCGGACAGCCGUCGUCCUCCUGCUCCUUUGACGGCAGCCUGAAGUCCGAUCAGUCAGGUUCAGAACCAAAGUGGCCUGAAGUCCCGCCCGUCCUCAAUCAGAACGAAGAUCGCAGGAGGAACAAAUACCUGAGAAAAGAUUACCUGAAGUACAAGUGUCAGAGCGCUCGGAAAAGCUCCAGCGGGAACGAUGACUGUGAGGAAGGCUUACGCAGCGCUGACUUCAGCACCACGCUCACCGUGUUUGGACUCAAACCCAGAUCAGCGUUCACCAGAGGAAGCCGCCAGGAGUUCACCUCGACAGAGCCCAGCUUCACCAUGAGGAGGAAGAUGGAGCACUUGAGGGAGGAAAUGGAGCAGAUCGGCCUCCUACGUCAGAACAUCGAGUCCAGGCUGAAGGUUUUGCUCCCGGACGAUGUUGGCGCUGCUCUGAUGGACGGCGUCGUUCUUUGUCAUUUAGCCAAUCACAUCUGUCCUCGCUCCGUCUCCAGCAUCCAUGUGCCGUCUCCUGCAGUGCCAAAGCUCAGCAUGGCAAAGUGCCGCAGGAAUGUGGAGAACUUCUUGGAUGCCUGUAAGAAGAUGGGCGUGCCGCAGGACAAGCUGUGUCUGCCGCAUCACAUCCUGGAGGAGCGUGGCCUGGUGAAGGUCGGUGUGACGGUCCAGGCUCUGCUGGAUCUGCCUCCAUCCAAGCCCACGCAGCUCUCCGCCGUUUGACGUGUGUCCUAAACGUCACGUGUCCUGAACGUCACGUCCAAACCUGCCGUCAUCCAGUCGUCUCCUUCUCACCGGACCGAACCCACGUCCCCAUCGGCAGAGACCAGAGAGCCCAACAUGGGCUAGGACCCAGCAGGAACUUCUUACUUCUGUCUGACUGAACCAGGAGACAGGAAGGAGAAACACCUCUGUCUCUUUAUAUGAUGUCAGCCACCACCCACUUCCUGUCCAUCAUUCACCUGUAUCCUGUCCCUCCCAUCACUUUGGACUCGCCAAGAAGAGACAGAUAAGACAUCGUGUCUGCAGGAAGACCUCCACCCUCUUUGAGGAGACGCAGAUAUGUGACGCCGACCGACCAACUGAGCGACCUCGAGGAGUUUCAUCAUCACUCUUUGAGAUUCUCUGCUUUUUAUUUCUCACAUGAAAAUUCAUUUUUGAAUUUGUUCUGGUUUGUACGUGUUUACAUCGGCUCACGCUGCAGUCGGAUUUCCUCACAUUUGAAUUAUUGUAUAAAUCACGCACAGUUCCUUUUCUCUGCUCGCAGCAGAUCGGACGUGACGUUUGACCACUGUGAGAAGAAAUGUGCUCGUCUGCGGCUCGAAGCGCCACAGUCCUGUUUUCUAGAUUUUCAUUGCACAUGCACGGUUUCUGUAUUUUCUAAAGCUUUUCUACUUCCUUCCUGCUCACGGCUGAAGAUCACGGGUGUGCCACGAUGGACGCACAGCAGUCUGAACUUUAUUGUUUUGCAGGUCCUGAAGGGUCCGGUGCUGCUUCCACACAUGGCCCGUUCUUAUCGUUUUGCCAGGACACUGCUGGAUGUGCUUUCUGAUGUGAUUCAUUAUUUCAGGGAAAUGAACUUAUUUAUGUAUUUAUUUGUGUGUUUUCUAUUUAUAUGUUGUCUUAACCCUGAAACCUGUUCAGGUGCAGUGCAGCUCAACAUCCUGACACAAAGUUUGAAAGAUUUGGCAUUGGAGGUGUUGACAGCAUAAAAGAUGUUGAAGGCUUCUGUGGUGACACAUUUAUCACACCCUGUUGUUUUAUGGAUCACGUCAGAAUUAUAAAUUCAUAUUUAUCUCCCUGUCAGGCAGCUGUCAUGUUCAGUCUCAUCUAUAAAACUCUCACUGUGGUGAGUCUAACAGCAGAACCAGAACCUGCAGCAGCUAAUAUCACUGACUACUCCAGCAGCAGUCAGCCCAGAACCAGAACCAGAACCAGACCCAGCAGCAGCUGAUCUCACUGCCUAGUCC